UUUGGGACACAUCUCCAAGAGGAAAAUCCGGAGGUUAGUAACCAUAUGAGGAGCCCUACAACUAGGACCUAUUCAAGAAACAAGUUGGUAUGGCGAAUAUGCAAGCUAGAAAGAUGCUAUUUGCCUGGACUUGCCCGGCUAUCCUCGCUUUCUUGUGAAAGCUUUCAUGAUCCCCUACACAAAUACUCAUGUCGAGAAGAACUCCCGCGCUCGUGUGCCCUCCUUCCAGGGCCCACUUCGCUCCCUAUAGGAUUUAAGACGAAUCUCGUUCGGGCUACUGAAAUGAACCAAAGGCUGUUGACUCCAAAGACCGAGGUUACCAGAUUCAUCUGUGGCGGAUUUGCUUUGGGAAUCCGAUUGAACCACACUAUGGCGGAUGCUUAUGGAAUGAUGCAAUUUCUAAAUUCUAUUUCUGAAUUAAUAAAAGGUGCAUCUGCACCUUCUAUUUCACCUGUAUGGCAAAGAGAACAAUAUUUGAAUGCAAGAUCUCCCCCAAGAAUUACAUGCAUGCACCAUGAAUUUGAGCAAAUACGACAAUCCAGAGACUUUAUGGAUUCGGACAAGCUAUUUCGGACUUCCAUUUUCUUUACUCCUAAGGUUAUACAAGCACUUUAUAAUCGUCUGUCCUUGUCAGGAAGUUCUCGUAGGUGCUCAAGAUUUGAUCUCAUAAUAGCGUGCUUAUGGAAAUGUCGUACGAAUGCACUGAAUCCAUCUAAUCCAGACGAGACUGUUCGUCUUUCAGUCAUUACCAAUUUGCGUGGCAAGCCAGGCCUGAAAAUACCGACUGGAUACUACGGCAAUGCUUUCGUUUAUCCGGCAGCAGUGUCCACUGCCAGAAUUUUAUGCACUGCUCCAUUGUCAUAUGCAGUUCAAUUAAUUCAAAAUGCUAAGGCUCAAAUGAGUGAAGAGUACAUUAAAUCAGUGGCAGAUCUUAUAGUGAUCAAGAAACGACCAAAAUAUGCAACGGAUUGGAAUUUCCUUGUUUCAGACAUAACCCGUUUACGUGGUGAGAAGAUUGAUCUUGGAUGGGGCAAUGCAGUGUAUGGUGGAGUUGCUUGGGCCACUUCAAAUCUUAGUUUUUGUACGAAUUUCAAGAACAGUAAGGGAGAAGAUGGAGUUGUGGUACCAAUAUGCUUGCCACCAUUGGCAGUCGAAAAAUUCAAAUAUGAGCUAGAAGAGAUGACUUGUGAACCACUCUGCGGAAUGUAAAUUUCAUAAGUUUGAGUUAUAUUAUUCACCUAUUUAAAAUUAAAUAAUAUCGUUAAGGAGAAUAAGUUCAGUAAUUUGGUCAUGUUUA